AUGGACCGCGACUUUUACUCGUUUGCACGCAUCACCGACCUCAACCUCAACCUCACCUUUCGCAUAUCGUCGCUGCAGGGUAGCCUCCCACGCCUCUCGCGCCUCGAACAGCUGCAUCGCCCCCACGCUCGCAACUGGGGCGUACACCGAGCCGACUACCCCGACCUCUACGUCGAGUGCCGCCUCUACUCGGACAACAAGCCCCUCAGCCUGCCCGUAAAGACGGCCUACCGCCACUUUCGCAACAACCACGUCUGGUCAGAGUGGAUCACCCUCCCCUACAAGCUCUCCGACCUUCCCCUCAAUGCACAGCUCGCAUUCACCGUCUAUGAUGUCGCCGCCAGCGCAACCACCCGCGUCGUUGGCGGCACCACCUUCCGCCUCUUUAGCAAAAAGGGCACGCUGAAAAAGGCCCAGCAGCGCCUCUACCUCUGGCAGGGCGCCGAGGGCGACGGCAGCGCAGAGACCAGCACCCCCAGCAAGGUCGGCAGCGUCCAGGACGAAAUGGGACGCCUGGAAAAACUCAUCAAGAAGCACGAGCGCGGCGACCUGCCCCACAUCGACUGGCUCGACAAGGCCGCCUACCGCCAGAUUGAAAAGAUCCACAAGCUCGAGUCCGAGACGAGCGACAAUCUCUUUCUCUACAUUGACAUGCCUCGCUUCGACCUGCCAGUCGUCUACUGCGAGCACGAGGCCGCCGCUGCACCCAACGCGUCCGCCUACUCGGCCGGACCCUCGACCACGACCACGGCCGCCGCCGCGGUUCCCGCAGCAGCUGCGUCCAGCGGCGGAACCGUAGCCUCUACCUCACCGUCGGCACCCGGGGCCGCCGCAGCAGCAGCCCUCGGCGACGAGGACGGCAUCGGCUCGGGCCUCUUCACCAUCUUUGAUCCCGACAUCGCACGAGAGAACCCGGUCGAGGCCAAGCAUCGCAGGCUGGUCCGCAGCCAUCGCAGCGGCCCGCUGGACCGGGAGCUCAAGCCCAAUGCGGCGGUCCGCGACGAACUUAACGAGAUCCUCUCGUACCCGCCCACGCGGGUGCUGACGUCGGCCGAGAUGGACCGCAUCUGGUCCUUCCGGUUCUACCUGACCCGAGACCCAAAAGGCCUGACCAAGUUCCUCAAGUCGGUCGUGUGGUCCGACGCCGGCGAGGCAAAGCAGGCCACCGAGGUGCUGCUGCCGAUGUGGUCCGAGCCGGUCCUCGACGAUGCGCUGGAGCUGCUCGGUCCGACCUUUCGCGACCCUCGGGUGCGCGCCUAUGCCGUGCGCCAGCUCGAGCGAGCAUCGGACGAGGAGCUCAACCUGUACCUGCUGCAGCUCGUCCAGGCGAUCCGCUUCGAGGCCGGUGCGUCGGCUGCCCCGGGAUCCGCGACGGCGCCCUCGGACGGCGCCGCGACGGCAUCGACGCGCGACCGCGACCGAGACCGCGAGCGCCGCAGCCUGCUCGCGUCCCGCCACGGCGCUCUGGGUGGCGCCGGCUCGUUUGCCGGCUCCGGAUCGGCGUCGACGUCCGACGACAGCGGUCUGGCCGACUUCCUGAUCCGGCGCGGCCUGCGAAGCGCCGUCCUGGGCAACAACCUCUACUGGUACCUGGUCGUCGAGUGCGACGACAAGGCGACGGGCAAGCUGUUCCGCAGGGUCAAGUCGCGCUUCAUGGAGCGGCUCGGAGCCAUCGAAGGGGGCGACGAGCGGAAAGAGGUGCUGCGGCGGCAGGCCGAGCUGAUCGCCACGCUGUCGCAGCGGGCCAAGGAGCUGCGGUCGUCGCGCGAUCCGCGCCCAAAGAAGAUCGACAAGCUGCGCGCCAUGAUUGCCGACCCGAAAAACGGGCUGUCGAGGUUCGACCCGCCGCUGCCGCUGCCGCUCGACGCCGAGGUGCUGGUGACGGGCAUCGUGGUCGAACGCAGCACCAUCUUCAAGAGCAGCCUGCUGCCGCUGCGGCUGAGCUUCACCCGGGCCACCGAGGCCGAGCUGCGGGCAGCCUCGGCCGGCUCAGGCAGCGCGGGCGGCAGCCGCCACGGCGUCGUGGUCGAGGAGGGGGAGCAAUACGAGGAUGGAGAGCGCGCCACCUCGAGCGUGACCGAUCUCGGCGUCGCCACCGCCGGUGGCGCAGCUCCGUCAGUGCCGGCCUCUGCUGGGUCGGGCGCGCCCCCCGCCGCUCCAUCUGCAUCGCCGGCGGCGGCCGAGUACGGGCUGAUUUUCAAAAACGGCGACGACCUGCGGCAGGACCAGCUGGUGAUCCAGCUCUUCACGCUCAUGGACCGGCUGCUGCGCAACGAGAACCUCGACCUCAAGAUUACGCCGUACAAGGUGCUGGCCACGGGCGCCGUCGACGGCAUGGUGCAGUUUGUCGAGAGCAGCACGAUUGCCGGCAUCGUGAGCGAGUACGGCGGCAGCCUGCUCAACUACCUGCGCCACCACCAUCCGGACGACGAGGCGGUGGCGACGUACAAGGUCAAGCCGGCCGUGCUCGACACGUUUAUCCGCAGCUGUGCGGGCUACUGCGUGGUGACCUACCUUCUGGGAGUGGGCGACCGACACCUGGACAACCUGCUCCUCUCACCGAGCGGCCACUUUUUCCACGUCGAUUUUGGCUACAUCCUGGGACGGGAUCCGAAGCCCUUUCCGCCGCCGGUCAAGCUAUGCAAGGAGAUGAUCGAUGCCAUGGGUGGGCCGCACUCGCCGCACUAUGCGCGCUUCAAGGGCCUGUGCUACACGGCGUUUAGCAUCCUGCGCAAGUCGUCGAACCUCAUCCUCAACCUCAUCGCCCUCAUGGUCGACGCCAACGUACCGGACAUUAAACUCGAACCGGACAAGGCGGUCGGCAAGGUGCAGGAAAAGUUUGCGCUCCACCUCACCGAGGCCGAUGCCAUACGGCUGUUUGAGGCCCUCCUCAAUGAGACCAACUACUUUUCCAGCGUCCUCGAUCGCCUCCAUGAUAUGGCGCAGUACUUUAGGCAGUAG